AUGUACCAUCUAUCGCCCCAGCAUGGCAUAGUCCCCUGUAUUCACGUGGUUUUUCAGCAAGUAUCAACCCUCCCCCCGGGCCAGACCGUGGUAUACAUUAACAACAGCACGCCCGGAGGACUACGGAAAGCUCUAGCAGAAAGUCAGGAACCAUGGGUCAAGGAUGCCGAGAGAAUGAAGGCGUUCCACUAUGAGCGAGUGACGUCGCUCACGUCGGUGCUAGAAGUUCUCGACCAGAACCAUGAUUUGGUCAUUAUAGAGCAGUUGGAUCGUAUAGUACAAGAGCCCACCGACCUUGACUACAAAAUGCAAAAUAGGCUAUUGGCAGAGAUUCUAAGACGCGCACACCAGGGAAUAUUCAUAGACGAUUGGAACUAUUUGAGGCGUUACUAUGUGCUUGAAGAUCUUGGGACUUAG